AUGUACAACCAACCAGCAGCCAUGGUCUUGACCGAAGUUUGUGAAGCCCUUAUUGAAGGAAAGACCACUUUGCUACCAGGAAACCUGCAGAUGGAACCAUUUGGGCAAUCCAACUGCUAUGAUUAUGUGACCCAGAAUCACUACAUCACCAGACCCCUCUCUGUGGAAGAAGCCACGUUUCCAUUAGCCUACGUCAUAACUCUGCACAAAGAGUUUGAUACAUUUGAGAGGUUCUUCAGGGCUAUUUACAUGCCUCAAAACGUAUACUGUAUCCAUAUAGAUAAGAAAGCCACCAGUGAGUUUAAGAAAAAAGUAGAGAAGUUGUUGGGCUGCUUCCCCAACGCAUUUGUUGCUUCGGAAACAGAGUGGGUGGUUUAUGCAGGAGUAUCCAGGCUUCAGGCGGAUUUAGACUGCAUGAAAGAUCUUGUGAAAUCCAAAGUGCCCUGGAAGUACCUUCUCAAUGCGUGUGGCCAAGAUUUCCCCUUGAAGACCAACAAGGAAACAAUUCAGCACCUGAAACGGUUUAAAGGGAAAAACAUCACUCCAGGGACGCUGCCUCCAUCUCACAUUCUCCCAAGGACAAAAUACAUCUACAGGGAACAAAGAUACAGUCUCUAUUCUUUCAUGAUGUGGACUUUCCUGAGGAAAACGCCUCCUCCACACGAUCUGCCCAUCUAUUUUGGCUCUGCUUACAUUGCUGUUACCAGGGAAUUUGUUGACUUUGUGCUUAACGACCCCCGUGCUGUUGAUCUCCUCGAAUGGUCCAAAGAUACCUACAGUCCCGAUGAGCAUUUCUGGGUGACACUCAAUAGGAUACCAGGUGGCUUUAUUGCCAUGAGCCUCAUUCUGUCCCUGAAAACUUCCUUUUAA